GGAGAAGAGACGGAAACCCAAGAGGAACACCGUGGGAACAAGCCUGUAUUAAACCACAGUCCAACCUGUGUGUGGAGCAGGGCUGUCAGGGAGCCGGUGGACUGAACAGCAGCGACCGUGAGGAGCCAUCAUGACCUCCCCACAUCCACUUCACUGUCUGGAUAUGGAGGUCAGGGAAUCACCAGAGGGAUGUUCCACCCCCAUUGAUCUGGAAGUGACUGGAGAGUCAGAGAGUUCCUGGAGAAUGGGGGGCCUCUAUGAAGGAAACCCAUCUUUAAUGCAAGAGGGAAGGCAGGCUGAGUCUUGCAGUGCAGUGAACAGCCACAAGGCUCAGCAGGACAGUCAACAAGACACUGCUGAGAAUGAGCUGUUCACUCCAAAGAGAAACCAUCCCACAGCUGAUGUAGACAGAACAACCAAGCAGAGGACAAUGACCUGCAGCCCAGACAGUGUGGUCAGAAACCCAGAGGUCAUUUAUGAUGAUGUGCCUGCUGAGAACCUUCAGUACCCAAUGCCAGAUGUUGAUGACAUCUAUGAGGACAUCCAAAGACCUGAUCAGUGUGGCUCCAACAUCUGGAGCUCCAGUGAGUUUGAAAGUUAUGACGAUCUGUCUGACAGUGAAACUCUACCUCCAGCCUGCAGCAGCAACAGCAAGCUGCCUACAGAUGUACUGAGACUGAAGGAACGUUGUGCUGUCACCAGCAGGGAGUUGGCAGUGUGUCUUGGUUCACCUCAUGUUACUCACAUCAGACAGAGCUGUGACGUUAAGGUGCAGCAGUUGAUGAAAGCAGCAAGGAAUGGUACCAAGGACAGUUUAGAAAAGACAAAACUAGCUAUGUUUCGCAAAGUGUCAUUCCUGCAGAGAAAGGAAACAGAUGAGGGACAGGAUGAUGCAGGUUAUGUGGAUGUGUCUGUAUCUGACUUGAAGCACACUCCUCCACAACUCAGCCCCAUGCCAGAGGGGCUCAGUAGUCAGCAGGUAGUCAGACGUCUCAUCCUCAGCUCCAUUGUGCAGAGUGAGAGCAGCUACCUAGACUCUCUCAAAAGAAUCUUGCAGGAGUACCAGAGGCCUUUGCUAGAGCCACAGAACUUGAUCCUAAACCAUAAGAAGGUGUGUCAGAUCUUUUACCGUCUGCAGGAGAUCUAUCAGUGCCAUUCAAUGUUCCAGAUUGCCCUGGCAUCCCGCGUGGCUGAGUGGGAUCACAGUGAGAAGAUAGGAGACCUGUUUGUCGCCUCGUUUUCAAAGUCCAUGGUACUGAAUGCAUAUAGCGACUACAUCAACAACUUCACCAACACCAUGGCUCUGAUCAAGAAGGCCUGCAUGUCUAAACCUGCUUUCUUGGACUUUCUCAAGAAGAAGCAGGCUUCCAGUCCAGACAGAAUCACGCUGUAUGGCCUAAUGGUGAAACCUAUCCAACGCUUCCCUCAGUUUAUUCUGCUUCUGCAGGACAUGUUGAAGAACACUCCCAAGUCCCACACUGACCGGCUGCCUCUGCAGCUUGCUCUCACUGAGCUGGAGACCCUGGCAAAGAAACUCAAUGAACAGAAGCGCCUGGCUGAUCAGGAGGCUGAGAUCCAGCAGAUAGCACACAGUAUGGGCAACCGCAACCUCAAUAAGCUGUUGAACUCGGAGCAGAGGCAGCUGAGUCAGUGUGAACUGCUCAUGGAAAUUGUUUAUGGUGAUAAAGGUCAAGUUCUCAAGUCAAAAGAGCGAAAGGUCUUCCUCCUCAACGACACCCUGAUCUGUGCCAACGUCAACCUGAAGGGUCCCCCUGACAUCAGCAGCCUGGUUCCUCUUGGUCCCAAGUACACAGUGAAAUGGUGUGCGCCUCUGCUGCAGACCCAGGUGGUGGAGGUGGGCCAAGACAGUCUGCAGAGUGUCGUCACAGCCAGGCACCACAGCUCCACCCCCAAUACCACAAGUAAAAUGUUCCUGGGUCCUCCCAGACUGUACCAGGAGCUGGAGGAGCUGCAGCAUGACCUAGCUGUGGUGAAGGAGGUAUCACUGCUGGUCGGCACGCUCAAUGGAACCUACCAGAAUCUGAACUCCACAGUGUCUCAGGACUGGUGUCUGGCUCUGCAGAGGCUUAUCCGUCUGAAGGAGGAGGAGAUCCAGAGCGCUGACAAGUGUCGUCUACGUCUGUCUGUACCAGGCAGACCUGAUAAGUCUGGUCAUCCAGUGAGCAUCAUGGUGGUCUUCAACACCCCCAGCCCUCUCAGUAAAAUCUCCUGGGUGAACCAGUUGCACCUGGCAAAAAUAGCUCAGAGACAGGAGAACAUUUUGGGGUGGGAAUCUGCUGAGGAAGAUGGGAAGAAAAAAGGUCCAUUCAGUUGUCCACUGUUAACCUGCAGAAUUCCUGUCUUCUCCUUGAAAACACCCACACUGAAGCUGGAGGCGGCUCUUCACAGUCCUUCUCAGUACAGCCUGCUUGGCUUCUGCACCAUCAGUACAUCGUUACCACAAGGAUACCUCUGGGUUGCUGGUAGAGGGUGCAGCUCCAACCAUGGCCAAGUAGAGAUCUUCUCCCUUAACCGAGCCACUCCUCGCCUUGUCAAGACUGUGCCACUGAGGGCCCCAGUCCUCUGUCUGGAGUAUGUGAAGGAACCUUGUCCCAAUGAAGAGGAAAAUAAAGCUGAGAAGGCUCAGACUGCUGCAGAGAUAGGAAACAUCAUCUGUGUGGGCCUGCAAGAUGGAAAUAUCCAUGUGUACAGCAGCGUGGACACAGAUGUUCAGUGCCUGCUGAUGUUGGUGAACACUGACAGCUCUCCAGUCCUCUGCCUCAAACACUUGCUGGGUUUCCUCUUUGCUGGACUGGCCAAUGGCAAAGUAGCUGUGUACCACAGAAGAACUGGAGAGAAACUGUGGGACGUGGACUCAUGCAGGCUGGUGUCUCUGGGCUCUCAGCCGGUCUGUACUCUGCUGGCACUUGAAGAGGUUGUAUGGGCCAGCUGUGCCAACCAAGUCACAGUCAUCCAAGGAUCCAGCCUCAACACAGAGAGUUUCCAGGCCCACACUGAUCCAGGCAACAGUGUUAGCCACAUGGUUCAUUCAGGUGCAGGGGUAUGGAUGGCCUUCACCUGGGGCUCCUCCAUUCAUCUGUUUCACACAGAGACCAUGGAACCACUGCAGGAAGUCAAAAUCUCAACCCGCACCACCCAUAUGACACCAGGUCAGGUUAGUGUGUCCAGCUUGCUAAUCUGCCAGGGCCUGCUAUGGGUGGGAACGAGCCAAGGCAUCAUCCUCACUUUCCCUGUACCCACUCUGGAGGGAAUCCCCAAGAUCACAGGUAGGGCUGUGAUGUCUCUGAACGCUCACUGUGGUCCCGUGGACUUCCUGAUGGCCAUCUCUAGCACCGUGGUGUCCGAUUUGCUUCGCCGGAACUCUGUCCUCAAUGGCAGUGAGGAAGGUAACGUGGGACGAGAUGAGGGAGGGCAGAGGCUGGAGCAGAGCAGCUACCCCCAGGACUCACGAGCUCCUCCACCAACGGAGGAGAAGCCCAAGCGUCUCCUUCUGCAGUAUCGCCUCCACUCAACUUGCCAGCUGCCCGGGAAGGUGCUGACAGCCCAGCCCGAAAAGGGGAGUCCAAGGGCCCCCCACGACUCCCUGGAGCACAGCCCAGAACACAGCUCCAUCUAUGAAGUGAAUGAGGACCCUGAUGUGUGGGUGAGGGGGUGGCCUAGGGAGCGGGUGAAGGAGCUGGAGACCAGGCGCAGCAAAGUCACCUCAACAGCCAUCUUCUCCGGUGGCAGAGGAUACCGCAGGAUAGCACAGUUAGCCUCAGUCGAUCCCUGCUCAGACUCCACUGAAAACACACUGCUGGUGUGGCAGCUGCCUUUGACUCUCAGCCAAUGAGAGGCAAUCAUGUCACCUGACUGGCUGAUCAUUUUUCUCUGUGACUGCUGCUCCAGACACAUUUGUGGACUCCACCAAACAGGUCACCUAGACCCGAUGUCUCAUCUGAAAGCAAAAGGACCAAGUUCACUGAGUGUGUGUGUCUGUGUGUAUGUGUGUGUGUGUGUUUGUGUGUGUGUGUGUAUGUAUAUUUGCACAUUUAUAAAGUUGUAUACCAGGGCUCCUGCUGAAAAGUUAACAGUGUUACACAACGAGCAUGGGGACCAGGCAUCCAGAGGUGUGUCGUUGGAUAACAAAUUAUGAUGAAAGUAACUAAAAUUAGCAUUUUUAAAGGUUGCUUCCAGAAACUGACUUCUGAGCGAGAGUGCCCCCGACCCCUCCACUGUUACAGGGACAGUAACAUCAGAUACCUUAAGUGUGUGGGGGAGUUUAAGUCUGUACAUUUGAAGCAGUUACUUUUGUCAAAAUAGAAUCAUAGGGUCUUACCUGGUGAUGCUAGUAGUUUUGACUUUGCCCCAGUUUGUCUGGCCCACAAAUAGAUUUUGAUGUUUUAAGAUGGCCCCUUCAGUUAUUAACUUAGACACUCCUGACUUACAUAAUUAGAAUCUACACUUUUGCUUCAAUGAAUAAUAGAUUUGGUGUGAGACUAACAAAAUCAUUUAUGGUUUACAUAAACAAACUAUUGAAUGUCCAGAAAAUAACCCAACUAAAACCCAGUGGCUCAUAGGUUUUAUUUAAACAUCUAUGUGAGCUCAUUUUUUUAAUAGAAAUUUGACAUUUGGCAAAGCGAUGUCUGCUACUGCUGCUGUGGUUUUUUUUUUAUUUCCAAACAUAACAGAGACUCAGACGAAAAAGAUUUGGUCGAACAUGUCAUCUAAGUUGUGAUUUAAGGUAGAAAUCAGUAUAUCAGUCACCUUACAGUCACCUUUGUGCUCUGUCAUAAAUAAAACAGACCAAAAGGACCAAACCAGACUUAGACUGGACUCACAAAUGUGUUGCACAUCCUCCUCUCUAAAGCUUUGGUUUAUCUGUUGUAGAGAUGAGGAAUAACCAGACAGUGGCAUCACUGGUAUGAAGAGAAUGAUAGUUGUAAUCAGAAAGUAGACAUAUUGAAUACUGUGUGUGUGUACAAAUAACAAAUAUGUUUGCAGAAUGAAAUGCAUUAAUUUUGCUAUCAAAUGUUGUUGUUUGCAUUUUAAAAUUGAGCAUCUGUGAAUAUCAACACUUUUCAAGAAGA